ACCGCCAGGCACAGCGUCUCCGCCUCCGCAGGCGGGGACCCCAGCUAGAGCGACCGCGGGCCCGGCCCGGCCCCGGAACGAGCGGGAGCGCGCGGCGCGCAGCGAGCCCCGGAGCCCGGAGGGCCGCAGCGAUGUUCCCCAAGGAGGCGACGUGGAACAUCUCGUUCGCGGGCUGCGGCUUCCUGGGCGUCUACCACAUCGGCGUGGCCUCCUGCCUCCGCGAGCACGCGCCCUUCCUGGUGGCCAACGCCACGCACAUCUACGGCGCCUCGGCCGGGGCGCUCACCGCCACGGCGCUGGUCACCGGCGCCUGCCUGGGCGAGGCAGGUGCCAACAUCAUCGAGGUGUCUAAGGAGGCCCGGAAGCGGUUCCUGGGUCCACUGCACCCCUCCUUCAACCUGGUGAAGACUAUCCGUGGCUGCCUGCUGAAGACCCUGCCUGCUGACAGCCAUGAGCGCGCCAGCGGGCGUCUGGGCAUCUCCCUGACCCGAGUCUCUGACGGCGAGAACGUCAUUAUAUCCCACUUCGGCUCCAAGGACGAGCUCAUCCAGGCCAACGUCUGCAGUACCUUCAUCCCUGUGUACUGCGGCCUCAUCCCUCCGGCCCUCCAGGGCGUACGCUAUGUGGAUGGCGGCAUCUCAGACAACCUGCCACUCUACGAGCUCAAGAACACCAUCACCGUGUCCCCCUUUUCGGGAGAGAGUGACAUCUGCCCACAGGACAGCUCCACCAACAUCCACGAGCUCCGGUUCACCAACACCAGCAUCCAGUUCAACCUGCGCAAUCUCUACCGCCUGUCCAAGGCCCUGUUCCCGCCCGAGCCCACGGUGCUGCGGGAGAUGUGCAAGCAGGGUUACAGGGACGGGCUGCGUUUUCUGAGGCGCAACGGCCUCCUGAACAGGCCCAACCCCCUGCUGGCGCUGCCCCCGGCCCGCCCCCGUGCCCCCGAGGAUGAGGAUAUGGAGGAGGCCCAGGGGGCCACAGAGAGGGCCCUAGCGGAGGGCCCCUUGCAGCCACCCCUGGAGGACCACAUCCUGGAACAUCUGCCUGCGAGGCUCAAUGAGGCCCUGCUGGAGGCCUGCAUAGAGCCCAAGGACCUGCUGACCGCCUUCUCCAACAUGCUGCCUGUGCGUCUGGCCACAGCCAUGAUGGUGCCCUACACUCUGCCGCUGGAGAGCGCUGUGUCCUUCACCAUCCGCUUGCUGGAGUGGCUGCCUGACGUCCCUGAGGACAUCCGGUGGAUGAAGGAGCAGACAGGCAGCAUCUGCCAGUACCUGGUGAUGCGUGCCAAGAGGAAGCUGGGAAGCCACCUGCCCUCCAGGCUGUCGGAGCAGGUGGAGCUGCGCCGCGCCCAGUCACUGCCAUCUGUGCAGCUGUCCUGUGCCACCUACAGCGAGGCACUGCCCAGCUGGAUGCGCACCAGCCUCUCGCUAGGGGACGCGCUGGCCAAGUGGGAGGAGUGCCAGCGCCAGCUGCUCCUGGGCCUUUUCUGCACUAACGUGGCCUUCCCACCCGAUGCCCUGCGCAUGCGCGCCCCCGCCAGUCCUGCCCCUGCGCCCCCACAGCUCCCACCCGGCUCGCCCCCUUGCUGAGUGUUCCCCCCCCCCCCCUGCUCCGCCCUUCCCCAGCCCCCUGGCGUCCCGGUGCUGAGGGCUGGGUCCCCCAGCUUCCCUGCCCCGUGAGGUGGGGGCCCUGGGGCGGGCUGAGAUCCCCCCUCCUGGGCCUCUCUCCAUGACCACCGCAGGAGUCAGGACAAGGGGCCCCUCACAGCUGCUAGAAGGGGACUUGCCGUCGACCCCUCCACCGACCACUCUGUUGCUGCGCUGAAGAAAGAGGGGUAGCGAGUACCCCUCCCCUCACCUGUGCCUUUAUCUCUCCCUCAGGCCCUGCCCCAGGGCUGGGGAGAAGGGCUGGGCUGCACCCCCCCCCCCCGCCUCCCCCCCCCCCCCCCACCCAGCCCAGCGUCCCCCAGCCUGUGCAGUAUUACUCCCUAGAGCUUUGCACCUGCGCCUCCCUCAUUCGGCAAGUUUUGCCAGAGAAGAACGUUUGUGAAGAAUUAUUUAUUUUCGCCAAGCAGAUAUAAUAAAUGCCACAGCUCGGCCCCGCCUCUCUCACUGCGUGUGACUCCCCGGCCACAGGGGCCCUACUGUCCUCCAGCCUGGCAUUCCGGGCCUGAGGCUUUCCCCUAAAGGCCCUGGUGGGCCCGGGUUCUAGCCCACUUCUCCGCCUGGGACUGCUGUGUUUGCCUCACUCUGCCCGGAGGUGUGCUGCCCGACCCUUGGGCACAGCUUUCCAAGGGCCAGCGGAAAUGCCGGGACCAAGAUCCUCACUAAAUAAAAACUGAGAAAUGCUUACCAAA